CAUGGCAUUGGGGAGCACAAGGCACUGGCUGCACAGAGGUGGGAAAUCAGAAAGUCGUUUUUCUGCAGGGCAGCAAAGAAAUCUGCAGGGGACAUAAAUUCUGCGCAUGCGCAGUGGUGCAGAAUUCCCCCAGGAGUAUCGGGUUUCCUGGCUUGGUCAGUGAAUCCAGGUAUGGUCACUGCUGCACCUCUGUUUCCCAGUCUGUACAAUGGGGCAGUGACCUCGCUGACCUCACAGAAGGCUGGGAGGGUUUGGCAGGCCUCGGAAUAGGAACCAGCAAGGUUCUGCCCAGAUGUUAUGGAGCGUUGAGAUGGUUUGGCGUGAAGGUGUUCCGCAUCCAAACCCAUUUCCCAGCAAACUGUUCACUACUCCUCCUCCAAGUGAGGUGGGGGUCAGAGGGCCAGAUCAGGCAUGGAGCUACACUGAUUUACAUCAGCUAAGGAUCUGGCCUACCAGGGUCUGGUAUCUAGACUGCAGGGCCCCAUGUACCCUCACUGCUGACUCCAGGUGUCCUCGACGGGUCCUUGCCGGAGUGAAACGGGUUCAGCUGUGAGUGGUGCUAGGACCAAACGGGUCUGAGCCCGUAACACAAUGCGCGACUGAGCCCACGAUCCCAGGAGCUGGAUGGUGCAUUUCUGUGUUGGCCCUGGCCAAAGCGUUGUCCUGUUCAUAUCAUAUCAGCAGUCGUGCCCUCAUGCGGAUGGGCCCUAGGUCCCCGAAGCAAUCCGGAGCGUGCAGAAUGAACCCACAGGCGCUGAACACAGUCCUGGCGUUCCGGUCUCAGCCGGAUCCCCGGGUAGUUCAUUUGCUCGGCCCCUGAGAAGGACCCAGGCGAGCUGGCUUUCCAGACAACCCCUUAGUUUGCCGUUGUGCAUCUGCCCAGCCGGCGGGUCGCUGCUAAUCCACACUUCCCUCGGGGGCGGGUUUGGAGAUUCCUCCCCCCGCCCGGGUCUCCAGGAGAACAGCCGCCGCGGGGGCGGACCGGGCUGCUGGGAGGAGCCCUGUGCCUCAGUGGCUGCCCGGCCAAGCCCGGGGCGCCGGAAAAGGGGCAGCACGUGGGGGCGGGGGGUGGCUAGUGGCCUCCAUGGCCAGCGCACAACGCAGCGGGCGAAGCGAACACAAGCUCCGCGGCGCGGCACCCUGCCCUCGCCGUGUCUGCUGCGCCCCGGGGCCCGCGGCCUUGUAAAGCGCGUUAGCGCCCGCCCCCGUUCCCCGCGGGGCUUGGUCUGCCCCAGGGACAGAGGCCCCCGGAGCUCCAGCCGCUGGGACGCCGCUGGGCUGUGCCGGCGUGAAACCAGCCGCUGGGGAGCGGCCGGGCUGCGCAGGGGGAGAAGCCGGCCCCGGUUCCCACUCAGGGUCGCCCACUCCCGGGAGCCUCGGCGUGGGUCUCUGCCCCUCACUGUUCCUGCCCCCGGGGCCACCACUGCCCAUGGAGAGUAAAGAGGAUAUCAGCGACUCGGACAGCGGGAUCAUGCUGCACUCAGGCCAGGACAGCCCCGUGUCUCUGCUGAAGGACCUGACCCAGGCGGUGCGCAAGCAGCAGCAGGAGCUGGCAGCGCGGCUGGAGGCCUGUCUGGUGGAGCUGAGGAAGCUGUGUCUGCGCGAGGCAGAGCUCACGGGCAUACUGCCGCAGGAGUACCCCCUGAAGCAGGGGGACAGGCCCCCCAUGGUACGGCGGAGGAUUGGCACCGCAUUCAAACUGGACGAGAAGACAAUCAUCUCACGAGGAGUGGACCCGCUGAGCACGCUGGAGAGAGACCUGGCCUUGCAGCUGCAGAUUGCCGCAGCCACGCAUCGCCUCUACCGGGAAGAGAACAUCAGCAAGCACAUCAAGAAGCGGCGGAAGAACAUGGUGCUGAAGGAGGAGAAGAAGCUGCAGGAGCUGGAGAAUGCCCUCAAUGAGUGCCGCUUGAGGGCAACGCAGGAGCCCAGGCCCAGCCCCAUGGCCCUCGGGGAGCUGAGCUCCUCGGAUGACAGCUCCCUCUCCGAUGCCGUCCUGCUGGAGGAGGAAGAAACCCAGGCUCCGAAUCAUCAUGCUGCCCAGCAGCUCAUGGUGCCAGUCCAGCCUGGCACACCGCACAGCUCCCCGGCCCUGCCCGCCCGCUCUGCCCCUCUCCAGCAGCGUGAGGGGCUGCCACCCACGCAGGGCGAAGUCCUAGAGCUGGAGCGCUCGCCAAUCCAGAACAGCCCCUGGAAGGAGACCAGCCUCGAUAGGCUCUAUGAGAAGCCCAAGAAGCACGCGGCUGAGCCCUGCAGCCUGCCAAGCAGCGCAGCCGGGACACCCAUGCCAGCGCCUGCCCGCAGCCCAGCUGCUCAGAGGACACCUGAGAUGCUCCCCUACCACUUUGUCCCCAUCCGGACCUUGGCCUUGUGGAGGCAGGCUGGUUCCAGUGGGCCCCCGACCCCAGAGAUGCAGGCGAGGCGAGGGCAAUCUCAGUCCAUGAGGCUGGAUGUGUCCCGGGACCGAGCGGAGCCCCGGGGGAGGAGCGUGUUGCCAAGGCGGCGCCCCACCUACUACACCGUCACCGUCCCCAUCCCCGUCCCCGACUACUGCUUCCCUUCAUCCAAACCGGGCCGGGCCUCCCGCUCCAUCUACCACUCCGGUUCCGAGGACAGCAGCUCGGACGUCUCCAGCACCCCGUGCACCCCGUCGGCUGGCUGCGGCAGCCCUGACGCCUUCCGGAGGCCGAUGCCCCCGCCGUCCGCGGAGCCGCCCUCGCCGGAGUUCAGGGGCCCGCGCUCUGUGGGGCCCGAGGCAGCGUACUAUUACCAGAGCCCCCACAAGCGGCUGCUGCCUCCCGGUUACUUCCCAGCUGUGGAGCAUGUGGCUGGGCGGGAGUUCUGCCGGGGCUACCCCUUGCUGCGGGCUGGCAGCCCAGCUCCGUUCCCCUAUGAGCAGGACAUGGUGCAGCUGCACUGCCAGCGGCUGGCCCCGGCCCCCAGCAGGCUCCUGCGCACCCCAUCCCUCAAGGACUACGCCCCUGGCAGCGGCAGGGCCCUCGCCAAGUCGGCCGUGUCGGAGGAGCUGAAGUCGUGGCACGAGCGCACCAAGCUGCGGACCUUGCGGCCCCACUCGCUGGACAGGCAGGGGGCCUUCCGCGUGCGCAACACACCGGGCAGGGAGCUGUACGCCUCCCGCUCCGCCGGGCAGCAGCCUCAGGUGUGUCAGAUCCAUGUCCUGAAGCAGUCCCCCGAGGGAGCUCCUGUGCAGGUCUACGUGCCAGAGAAUGGGGAGGUCAUCACUCAGGUCUAGAGCCGGCCUGGGCCUGCUGCCAAGCCCUCGCCAAGAGAGCCCCGCGCCCAGCUGGUGAGAAGCGGCGGCAGCGAGCCUGGGCGCGGGGGCUUACUCAGGAAGCCAGCUGGUUGCCCUGGACGGGGCUAGCAAGGGGGCAGGACCCCGGGUGCACCAGUCCUGACCAUGUAUUUGGACACUGCCAUUUGGAAGAACUGGAUUCAUUCUGGCAUUGUUACCUUCUGAGGUGUUUCUCUUUGGACUAUGGGGUGCCUCCUCCCACAAGAACUCCCCUCUGUCUGUCUAUGGGUUUGCGUGGGCUGCAGCAGAGGAGGAAGGCCGGCUUAGGGCCACAACCUCCUGUGCGGCUUGGGGCUGGACUGGUUCAGCUGCUGGAUAUUCGCCAAGGGACAGACGUCCUUGCUUCACAGGUGUCAUGCAGCUGAUAAGAAUAGCAGCAGUUGCCUUGUGAUCAUGCAAGCAGCUGCUGGGGUCAUGGUACGUUGUUGAUAGAGAGACACCUGCAGGGUCAUGCGUUAUGUGUCAUGGUUCAGGCCAGUGCCAGGGAAUUGUCCUCUUGUUGAUUCAGCAUAGAAGCUGCUGGUUUGCCGAGCACCCCACUACCUCCGUGCAAGUGGCACAUUCCUGGAGAAUGCAGCAAGGGCCGUCAAGAUCAGAGUGUUUGGGCAACUGGGGAAUGGGAGGAUUUGAUUGGCUAUUAGUCUUGCUGCAGUCCCAUAAACCAUUGCAGCUCUCCCACAGGGGUACGUGCCUUGCCCCUUUCUAGGCUCUAGAGCAGUGGUUCUCAAAGCCGGUCCGCCGCUUGCUCAGGGAAAGCCCCUGGCGGGCCGGGCCGGUUUGUUUACCUGCCGCGUCCGCGGGUUCGGCCGUUCACGGCUCCCACUGACCGCGGUUCGCUGCUCCAGGCCAAUGGGGGCUGCGGGAAGGGCGGCCAGCACAUCCCUGCUAUGUCUCCCUGUUCCCUGCAGCAGUCCCCUAUUGCUCACUACCCUGUGGCAUUUAUAACUGCCCAGGUGUCUUUCUGUGUUAGGCUAGAGAAAUUAACCCACUAAUUACGGUAGCAGACUGAGUUUAUUUUCAUAGAUUCAUAGAUACUAAGGUCAGAAGGGACCAUUAUGAUCAUCUAGUCCGACCUCCUGCACAACGCAGGCCACAGAAUCUCACCCACCCACUCCUGCGAAAAGCCUCUCACCUGUGUCUGAGCUAUUGAAGUCCUCAAAUCGUGGUUUAAAGACUUCAAGGAGCAGAGAAUCCUCCAGCAAGUGACCCGUGCCCCAUGCUGCAGAGGAAGGAUAUACAGUGUCUGUGGCACCAUUUCUUUAUAUUAACUUAUUUGCAAUAAGGUACAGUAUUGGGUACCCACCCUGUGGGUUUGUACCAAACAGCAAGGGCUCAUGCUGGUCUGGAUUUAUUCCAAGCUCCCUUCUUUAAUAAAUGCUGUUGUUCUUUGGGGUCCCUUUGGUAUCUGAGACUUCAUUUUUGAGGCAUUGAAUUGAGUCUCAUGAAUUUCUUGGGGAAGGUGUGGUGCUGUCACUGGCUUGUUAACGCUGCCGGGUGCCUUGUGGGGCUGGGCUGAGCGGAGGAGCCAGCAGCGAGAACCCACUGUGACCCUCAGCCGGGUGCCUGCUCCAGAGCUCAGUGUUUGUCAGGAGACAGCAACGUCGCUGGGUAGUGAAUGGAGCAGCUCUCCCACCUGGCAUUCAGCUCAGUCCUAGGCCAGGAACCCAGCCUUCCAAAGGCCCCUCCCAGCGGGGCUGGGGCCUCCAUUAGGGACUUGACUAAUGCUGUUGCCAUACACGCAGGGUGCCCAGGUGCUAUGGUGAUGGGCAGCAGGAGAAAAGCUUAAAAUAGAUCAGUGUCAGCCCAGCUCCUGUGCUGGGGGAGGAGGGAGUCGGAGCUGGGGUUAACCCUUAGUUCCCCAGGGACCAGCCGGAGCAGUGGGUUCUCAACCUUUUCCACCCCAGGAUCCCCCAUGACAGCAGCAGAAUAUCAUGGGGCCUGGUUGCCAAAUGAUGAGAUUUUGAUGCGGGGCCAGAAGCUCCAGCCUGUCAGAAAAUGUGAGCCCUCUGACUGGCUGCCUGCCCUAACUGCCCGCCUCGUGGGAUAGAGCAGCCAAUCAGAGCUCUCCCACCCCAGCCCCUCAGCAACCCAAAGCCGCUCUCACGGGAGGGGAUGGGGGGGAGGGACCACAGAGCCCAGCAGCCCAGAGGGCUCCACUCCCUCCCCCUCCUGUGAGCAACGGGGAUGGGACAGC